CAAAAUGGACGCAACGACGUCGUUAACGCCAACGCUGCAAGCAACAUCACAAGCCAUAUUAAGUCCCAUACCCCGCCUUGUCAGCAGCCCGCACAUUGAUCUCACCCCAGAACAUGGAAAUGCCGCCAAUCCUUGUCCCUCUACGUCAUCGAAAGAGCAAAGUCCAGCCCCUAACCCCGUCUUGCCAGACCACUAUUACGAACCCAACGGCGUACCCGUAUUUAAGCCCACAGACGAGCAGUUCAAAGACUUUGCGGCCUUCAUGAGGGCGAUAGACUCAUUCGGAAAAGCCGCCGGUAUCGUCAAGAUCAUACCUCCACAGGAAUGGAGUGAGCGUCUGCCGGAUAUCUCUCCGGCUUUGACAGAGGUGAAAAUACGCAAGCCCAUUGUUCAGGAGAUAACAGGCGGUGGUUUACCUGUGGGCACCUACUUCCAAAUGAACAUUGAGCAGAGAAAGACUUACAGCGUCCAGGAUUGGUACGAGCUCGCCAACUCGGCUGGGCACAAGACACCCCAAUUCAAUAGCGACGGCAAACCUCAGGUACAUCCACAUAGACCGGCUCUGAGAAAGCGAAUACGAAAGGUGGCACAAGGUGAAGGAUCAGUGGAACCAGCUUCUUCCGUAGAAGCUAAAGAUAAACAGACCGAGACACCAGACAUCACCAUUUCCGAAGCGCGGGCCGUAGUUCCGGAACCUUUGUCAAGCUCAGCUAAUGCAGAACAAGCGGAGGGACAGGAAGCAUUGUCAGCAAUACGAGCAGAUGAAAAUUCUGCUAAUGUUGUCAACAGCACGUUAACACCCGCGCCACCACUUGAAACCCCCGUGACCGAUCCAACCGACCCCACAGACCCAACCAUUACCACGACACAACCCAAACCCACUGUACGCAAGCGUCCUGUCGAUACACCGUCUCGUAUUCAUUUCUCUACAAAAGAAGUCUCCGAAGGCUUCACAGAUGACUAUUGUAAAGAACUCGAACGAUAUUAUUGGCGAAAUAUUACAUAUGUCGCACCACUCUAUGGAGCAGAUAUGCUUGGAUCAUUGUUUGAUCAUCCACUUGGAGAAGGAAAUUCUUGGAAUCUGGCGAGAUUGGAUAAUCUAUUGCGGAGGGUGAACGUAUUUUUACCUGGCGUCAAUAGUCCGUACCUCUACUUUGGGAUGUGGAAGGCAACGUUUGCGUGGCAUGUGGAAGAUAUGGAUCUCUAUUCGAUCAACUACAUCCACUUUGGUGCUCCGAAGCAGUGGUACGUUAUUCCCCCGUCUCAUCGAGCUCGCUUCGAAACGGUGGCGAGAGGUGUGUUUAGCGAAGAAGCUUACAAGUGCCCGGAAUUUCUGCGACACAAAACAUGUGUUUUGUCUCCAAAAUUCUUGACGGCGAGAAAUGUGCCAGUACAUCGCGUUGUGCAAAAAGCUGGGGAGUUUGUUAUCACGUUUCCGUAUGGCUACCAUCAAGGGUAUAACCUCGGCUUCAAUUGCGCAGAAUCAGUGAACUUCGCUCUGGACAGCUGGGUGGAAAUCGGCAAAAAAGCGGGGUACUGCGAAUGUAUUGGGGAUAGUGUGAAACUGGAUGUGGCAGGGCUGUUUGAUCCGCCACGUCUUCCUGUACGGAUCAAACUGAAAUUACCGUCGAUCAAGCCGCCGGAGGAUGCUAUGGUUGAGCAGAGAGUGGAAAAGGUGGAAGUCAUGGAAACGAUGGAAAAGGUAGAGAAAGUGGAGAAGAAGAGGAAAAAUACGGAAGUCGACAUGUUGGCCGUCAGGGAGACUCCUGUUGGGGAGAUGGUGAAUGUUGAGAAGAAGCCGAAGAAGCGAAAGAAGGAUAAGGACGGCACUGAGGCGAAAGCCAACGCGGACUCCAAAGUGACUAGCGGGGAGAGAAAGAAGUCGGUAUCUGAACCCAAGAUAAAGUGCGUCCUCUGCACGUUUCGUGAUGGAGACCUUCUCCCAACGGAAGUAGAGGGCCGAUGGGCACACAGACAAUGCGCACUAUUCGUCCCAGAAACAUGGAUAGAACCCCACCCCCUGGAUCCGCAAAAGGAAAUCAUCAAAGGCGUAGAUGCGAUUGACAAGGCUCGAUGGCGACUGAAAUGCGCCGUGUGUAAGCCCGCGACGAGUAGACCCGGAAAGAUGGGGGCAUGUAUCCAAUGCGCCAAGGGAAAAUGCGUACGAGCUUAUCACGUCUCAUGUGCGGAUGUGGCGGGCCUGACUUUGAUGCAAGAUGGAGAUAAUUGGGUUUGCUAUUGCUCGCAACACGAUCCCAUUAAGCAAAGUGAAAAACGACUUGAACGGGAAAAGUUGGUGGAGGAGGCUCCAGCGAUAUUUAGUGUGGGUGUAGGUGUAGAAGCGAAAGUGGAUGCGGGAUGGCAUUUUGGUUGGGUUCGUGAGAUUUUCUGUGAGAAACAGAGCUGUCGAGUUGUCUUUGAGGAUGGUUAUUCGCGAACGGUACACUGGACGCUCAUGAGGCUCCCUGCGUCCGUAAGCAAUGAGCGAGAACCUACUCCACCGGCUCAGGAUCAACCUCCAAGCCCUCCAAGCCCUCCAGAUGGAUAAUGGAACUAAUGCAUCUUCCUGCUGUAUAUAUUUUGUGUACAUAUUUCCUUCUUAUGACUAUCUAUCCCAAAUGUGAUUCUAUAUCAGUAUUCUAUGUUGCAUUAAAUUACGAGCGGG